AUGACACUCUGUUUCCUGGGGGGCGCCCUGUGCCCAGCCCCCCUGUUCGGGGAGGAGGGCCCCUUGGGCCUUACGGCCCCGUUCCACCGGCGGGACCCCCACAAGGACCUCUUCCCACUGAACCUACGUGACAUCAUCGGCCUGACCCUGGCCUCCCUGGCCCUGGCCCUGGCGGCAUCUGGCGGCCUGGGCGGCGGCGGCAUCCUGGUGCCAUUGUACCUCAUCGUUCUGAGGUUUGACACCUACAGCGCGGUGGCGCUGUCCAAUGUGACCAUCGUGGGGGGCACCCUAACCAACCUGGCCAUCAACAUCGGGCGGCGGCACCCGCUCCGCGACGCGCCGCUCAUCGACUGGGACCUCAUCCUGGUCAUGGAACCGUCCACCAUCCUGGGCGCCAUCCUCGGCACCUAUGUCAACCAUGUGCUGCCUCCCUGGCUGACCACCAUCAGCCUGGGCCUGCUCCUCACCUUCAUCACCUACAAGCUGGUGGUCAAGGCACGCUCGUUGUCGGCGCGGGACGCCAAGGCCGACAGGGCCCUCCGCGCCGCGCACGCCGAGCUAGACGCCGGCGGCGGCGACCUGCAUGACUCGGUGGCGGCCGCGGCGGUGGCGGCGGAGGACGGCGGGUCGGCCAGCGACGGCUCGGCCCCGACGUCUGCCGCGCCCUCGGCCGCCGACCUGGCGGCGACCGACGGCGCGAGCGCCCCGCUGCUGCCGCCGGCGCAGCGCCCACGCCGGCGCGAGCGCGUCAAGCGCCUGGCCCGCCGCGCACUGGCGCACUACCGCGUGGAGGUCCCCGGCCUGAAGCUGGCCGUGCUCUUCCUCAUGCUGGCCUGCGUGGUGGCCUCGGACCUGGCCAAGACCCGCUUCCGCUGCCCCUCCCCCGCCUACUGGGCGGUGGUGGGCGCGCUGCUCCCCCUCACCCUCACCGUCAUGCUGGCGGCGAGGGCCUACCUCCUGCGCCGCGCGGAGCGCCUGGCCGCGCGAGGGCACCAGUACCAGGAGGGCGACGUGCAGUGGGACGCGCGCAGUACCCUCCUCUUCCCCGCGCUGUGCACCUUUGCGGGCCUGGCGGCCGGCGUGUUUGGCGUGGGCGGCGGCAUCGUCAAGGGGCCGCUCAUGCUGGAGAUGGGCGUGCUGCCGGACGUCACCGCCGCCACCUCCGCCACCAUGAUCCUCUUCACCUCCGUCUCCGCCUCGGUGGUGUUCGUCUCCCUCGGCGCCGUGCCCCUGGACUACGGCCUGGCCCUGGCCGCCUUGGGUCUCGUGUUCACAGCCCUGGGCCAGGGCCUGGUCUUCUGGCUCAGCGCCAAGUCGGGCUCCCGCGCCCUCAUCGUCUGGAUCAUGGCCGCAGCCAUGGGCAUCUCCACCGCCAUCCUGCUGCUCCAGGGUGGGACCAUGACCUGGCACGCCUUCCUGCACCACGCCCUCUGGGUGUUUGGCGGCGUCUGCGGCAAGACCUCCCACUGA